AUGUUGCCAUGUGUUGUGAUCGCGGUUUAUAAUUCAGAAAAACCUUCGAAUCACACUUGUCUAUUUCCAAGAUCAGCGAGUGAUGAAGCUGAACGAUCUUUGCACAUUCUGGUCAAACUGGCAUCUAACUGGGAGUGUGUCACCACCAUGUUAGACAGCCUACUUCCGUACAUGCGUAAUCUGUUGCCUUUGAUUGAACAGGUGGAGGCCCCAGCCGUGGAGAAGUACAUCAAUGAGCUGUUCAAUCAGUUGCUUCAGACUUGUUACUCCCAGCUUACUCAGGUCAGCACACACGAUGUCAAACAUUCCAUUUUUCUGGAACUCUCCAAACUCCUCAACGUGUCUUUGGAGUUGAUGCGUGGGAAACAAAGCCUACACUUCACUGCCCUGUCCACCAUAAACAGAAUCAUGGAUAUAUGUAUAGUUCAUAAGAACUAUGAGUUUGGAUCGCCAUCAAGCAAACAAGAUGGCGAAGAAUCGCACAUCCCUGCCACGGCUCAGGAGUUCGGCGGCGGUAAAGUCGUGGGAGGACAUACUAGGUCUUCCGUUAAGGAAACGAACAGCGGAAGAGAUGGACAUCCUGUGAGAUUUCAAAGCCAUGCACAUCCACACACUGGAUUAAGUUGUAGGUUCAGUAGCUCCGACGAGUCUUCCACUGCUGCUAGUUUUCUGACGCCCUCAUCCAAGGGACUCACCGUCACUCACACGCCUUUAUCUGCAACGUCUUCAUCAUCGCCAUCCUGCAUAAUCCCGGGUAGUUCAGUUCCAUCCGGAUCCGCAACAUCCACUGGAUCCACAUCCAUUUCGUACUCUGCCACUUUGAACAGAAUAUCCUCACUCCAUAAACGCCGAGCAAGUCAAGUCCAUAACGAGCACCAACAACAACCGACGUGUGGAUCCGACGACGACGAUUCUUCGAAGCAAGGAACCACCAUCAUCCGAACUCCUCUGGAAAUAUUAUUAUCUUUGGAUCCUAGCCAGAUUGUUUCAUGUUUGCAUAAUAACAUCACCAUGCACAAGCGUAUCAUCGGUACUAGACAGAAGUGCACCCCGAGUGUGAGACAGCGGCACUGUACUCACCAUUGUCUGCAGAUACUCAGUGCUCGUGUCUUGACUCUUAUGUGUCAUAGUGCUAACGUCCAACAUAAGCUGGUGACCAGAGGCCAUCUCAAGAUGCUAGUCGAAGCGUUGGAUCCUAACCAUGAUCCU